GACGAUCGAUACAUCGACAUUGACCAGCAUCGCUUCGAUACUCCGUUCGAAGCUAUCUUCAAGCUUAUUCAGUCCGUGACUAUCUUCCUUUUCCAUCGUAACGCUCGUGAGACAUCGGCAUCAAGAUGGGCCGACGUCCAGCUAGGUGUUACCGUUACUGCAAAAACAAGCCGUACCCAAAGUCACGAUUUUGUCGUGGUGUUCCUGAUCCGAAAAUUCGUAUUUUCGAUCUUGGCAAAAAGAAGGCUUGCGUAGAGGAUUUUCCUCUGUGUGUCCAUCUUGUAUCAGACGAGUAUGAACAACUGAGCUCCGAAGCCCUAGAGGCUGGACGUAUUUGUUGCAACAAAUACAUGGUGAAGAACGCUGGAAAAGAUCAAUUCCACAUUCGCAUGAGGCUUCAUCCUUUCCACAUUAUAAGAAUCAACAAAAUGUUGUCGUGCGCUGGAGCUGAUAGGCUCCAGACUGGAAUGAGAGGAGCGUUCGGAAAGCCCCAGGGAACGGUAGCUAGAGUUCGUAUCGGCCAGCCGAUCAUGAGCGUUCGUUCUUCGGACCGUCACAAGGCUGCGGUAAUCGAGGCUCUCCGUCGUGCCAAAUUCAAGUUCCCAGGACGUCAAAAAAUUUACGUUUCGAAGAAAUGGGGAUUCACGAAAUACGAACGCGCCGAAUAUCAAGAUCUCAAAAAUUCGGGUCGUCUGGAACCUGACGGUUGCAACGUCAAGUAUCUGCCGGAGCAUGGACCUCUUGCCAAAUGGAAGAAGUUCAAGGAGUAUUUGGCAUCUGUCUAAACUGAAUACUAUCGGUCUACAAUAGAAAAUCUUUUGUAAAUCUUGGUAUUCAAUAAAAAAAAAGACAAAAACCCCGCA